AUGGUGGAUCAGAAGAAGAAGACAACGUUUUUGGUCUUUUUCUUCUUCUUCAUGUUGUUGUUAGAGUCAACGUUGGAGCAACAGAUAAGUUCUUCUUUUACGGUUGAGAAAUCGGCUCUUUUGGAACUAAGAUCUUCUCUUGGGUUAAGAAGCAGAGAUUGGCCUGUAAAAGGCGAUCCUUGUCUGAAUUGGAACGGUGUAAGUUGUGAUGAGAAUGGUAGUGUAACUAAUAUCAACAUUUCAGGGUUCAGAAGAACAAGGAUUGGGAAUCAAAACCCGCGAUUCUCAGUCGAUUCGCUCGUUAAUCUCACCCGUUUAACUUCCUUUAAUGCCUCAAGGUUCUCUCUUCCAGGUCCAAUCCCGGUUCUGUUCGGAUCGAGUUUGUUGACUUUGGAUGUGUUGGACCUUAGUUCUUGUUCAAUCAUAGGAACCAUCCCUGCAGAUUUGAGUCAGUUAUCGCGCCUCACGGUUCUUGAUCUUUCGAAGAAUUCAAUCAAUGGGACUAUUCCUCUGUCUCUUACAUCUCUUCAGAACCUAACAAUUCUUGAUCUUUCCUCAAACUCGGUAGGUGGUUCGAUUCCUGCUAGUAUUGGAGCACUCUCAAAGCUCCAACGUCUGAAUCUUUCGCAUAACGGCCUGUCCACUACGAUACCUCCAUCACUCGGGGAUCUUUCUGCUUUAGUUGACCUUGAUCUCGGCUUCAACGACCUAUCAGGUUCGGUUCCACCAGAAUUGAAAGAGCUAAGAAACUUGCAGACACUUGUAAUUGCGGGAAAUCGACUUGCAGGAACUUUACCUCCUGAUCUGUUUAGUUCCCUGAGUAAACUACAGAUAGUUGACUUGAGAGGCAGUGGUUUCAACGGCGUUUUACCUUCCAGGUUAUGGUCGUUACCGGAGCUGAAGAUUCUAGAUGUUUCUGGAAAUCAGUUCUCCGACGUGCUGCCAUUUACCACUGUCAGUUUUGAUUCUACUGUCUCAAUGCUUAACAUAUCCGGGAACAUGUUUUACGGCAAUCUCACACUCUUACUGAGAAGGUUCCGAGUUGUUGACCUGUCAAGAAACUAUUUUGAAGGCAAAGUUCCUGAGUUUAUCCCCAACAAUGCUUCCUUGAGCAACAAUUGUCUUCAGGAGGCAAUGAACCAGCGGGGAUUGUCGGAUUGCACGUUGUUUUAUUCCGAAAAGGGAUUAACUUUCGACAAUUUCGGACGACCUGAGCAGAAAAAGAAGCAUAAUUCUCCCUGGUUCAGGGGCAAGAAUAUAGUUAUAGUAGCUGCAGUUGGAGGGUCUAUUUUGGUUAUGCUCAUUCUCAUACUGUUACCAAUAACAGUGAGUUUCUGUGUCCGUCGAAGAAACAGAUCAUCAAAUAGUACACAUUCUAGAGGGAGACACAACGGUGUUGGGCCAUUACCUCCUGAUGAAGUACUUACCUCAAGAGGAGGAGAAGGAGGAGUCUCGAUAAACUUUGCGAGUCUGGGAUCAUCAUUUAACUAUCAACAGCUACUCAACGCCACAAAGGAGUUCGGCGAUUCAACCCUGAUAAAGAAAGGAAAAUCAGGGGAUCUUUUCAAGGGCGUAUUAGAAACCGGAAUUCAGAUAGUCGUGAAAAGAAUCAGCUUGGAAUCGACAAAGAACAACGAAGCAUAUCUAACUGAGAUGGAUUUCUUCAGCCGGUUUGCUCAUCCAAGAAUAGUCCCAUUUUUAGGAAAAUGCUUAGAGAGCACAACACAUAAGUUCUUGGUGUAUAAGUACAUGCCAAACAGGGAUUUGCCAAGCUCACUGUUCUAUAAAAUCAACUCCAUUGUCGACGACGGAUUGAAAUCUCUCGAUUGGAUCACAAGACUGAAAAUCGCAUUAGGAGCAGCAGAAGGACUUUCUUAUCUACACCAUGAUUGUUCACCACCUAUAGUCCACAGAGAUCUUCAAGCAAGCAGCAUUCUCUUGGAUGAUAAAUUCGAAGUAAGACUUGGAAGCUUUAGUAAAGCUUGUCAUCAAGAAAACAACGGCCGUCCUCGGAAAAUCUCUCGAAUACUCAGCAGAUUAUCCCAGUCUUCUCAAGAAAGUGUUCCUGGCUCUUCUUCAGGUACAGCAACAUGUGCAUACGAUGUAUACUGCUUCGGUAAGAUACUAUUAGAGCUAAUCACAGGAAAACUCGGAAUCAGCUCAUGUGAAGAAACCCAAUUCAAGAAAAUCCUAAGUGAGAUUUUACCUUACAUUUCAUCACAAGAGAAAGAGCCAGUGACGAACAUUCUAGACCAAUCACUUCUAGUAGACGAAGACCUCUUAGAAGAAGUUUGGGCAAUGGCAAUCGUCGCUAGAUCUUGUCUUAACCCAAAACCAACAAGAAGACCACUAAUGAGACACAUAGUACAAGCUUUGGAGAAUCCAUUGAGAGUUGUGAGAGAAGAUAAUAGUGAAUCGGAGAGAUUCCGUACGACUGGAUCUUCGAGAGGAUCGUCCAGUAGUGGAAGAGUUUUCGGUAGUUGGAGACAAAGUGUGUCUGAUCCAGUCGCUGCCGGAACGAGUAGUCUUCUGUCUCAAGCGGAGGGUUUAACGAGAUCCGGUGGAGCGACGGGUUCGUCGGCGAGAGGAAGUAGCCGUGGUGCUUCGAGCCGACGAAGUAUGAAAGAUGUAUAG